AGAAUUGCGAUUCAUUCAAACUUUUGAGAGAAGCUCGAGAAAAGCAAUUUGUGCGGUAUCUGAAUAUAACUUCCUCUGGACCAUGGGUCCUCCAUCGAUUCACCCUUCCUUUCACCCCAUCCUCAUCGCCUUUUCACAAACUGUAUGGCCACCUCUCCGAUCCUGUCCGGAUCUUCACCAUUUCUGGCGAGUUUUCCGGGCACAGAAUCCCAUUGAGUGAGGAUUUACUCAAUGCUCGAAUGGUUAUGGAGGCGAAGCUAUCUAAUUUGCCAAAGGAGGCUGAUAGUGAGGAUGUUGAGAGUGAUGAUGAUGCCCAAUUCAAUGACCCUGACGUCCGUAACGGUAUCGUGACAUGUGCGGCGCUCUCCCUUGAUGGUCACCAUGUAGCUCUUGGUUUUGGUAGUGGUGUCAUCGAACUUGCUGAUAUCGACCUUCAGCACACGACUUCCCGAUUCCAGCUCAAUCCACCCAACCAUCCAGUCUGGAUCGAAUUUGUCCAUGGCAGCCACCAAGUUGCUGCUGAGGACAAUGAGGGAAACGUCACCAUCCUUAGACACGAUAUGACUUCCAUUAAUAUCGGUACUCUUCCCAACAAUCCUCUUCCUGCUGUAACUCGAGUAUCAGAUAAUGGAUUAUUUAUCAUACGGGUUCCAUGGAACGCUGAUAGUUCUUGGUACGACAGCAUGACCCUCAUAUCCAUUUCGGGUGACCCGCAUAUGCAGCACCUCGCUUCUCCUCCUUCCGACUUGGAUUAUUCACCUCCCCAUCACAUGCUUGCUAUUCCUCACCGUCGUACACUUGGCUUUUCUCCAGGAGCACGUUAUAUUGGCGCUUUCGAUGGCCUCAGGGCUUUCACCUGGUCGACAGAUUCGGGUGAGCUCAUUGCGGGUUAUCGUGUGAUGGAUUUUGAAUCUUGGAUUAUGCAUCCUGCUGUUUCCCCCGCCUGCUCUCAUCGCAUCCCUGAUCCUGUAUCUGCUCGACCUACCCUUCCCUUGACAGAAGGUGGAGCAGCAGAUCGACAUCAUUCCGAAACAGAUAUGUUGGACGAGUCCUGGAUUAAGUGUCCAUUUUAUGUUCUCUUGCAAAGUGAGGAGGAUGAGUGGGAUGGGUGGAACAAGAGGGACAAGGGGUGGCAGAAGUUAAUAAUCCAUUCGUCUGCUGCCGGAAGAACCCCACUGUUCAGGACCGACGGAAACGCUAAGCUACUAGUUCUCUUCAAUGGCAAAUUAGAAUUCAUUAUUCCCAAGGAGUAUCGACCAGUUGAUUCUUAUGGUGCCAAUGGUCUAGACGCUUGGUGUGGUGAUCAAGUGAUGUCUGAUCCUACCUGUCUGUACAGCCCUCGGUCCAGCAAAGAUGGGACUCGAAUUCUCUUCCAAGGCCGGCAGACAGCUCCAAUUGUUGUUGAUCUCAGCCAAGUCCUUUAGGAUGUUCGUGGUCAAUUUCAAUACCUUCCUAUUUGCCUUGCGCGUUCUCAAAGCGGGAAUCGCGAAGUUGCCCUUCCAUCUUUCUGCACUUCCCUCGGACAGGGUCCCCUUUCCCUAGGGUGCAGUGGGCAUAAAUAAAGCUCGGAGACUUCAACAGAUUUAUAGCCAUUCCUCCGUUGGACUGUUGUUUAGUCCUGGGUCAGACAAUAUGGAUGCUCAGCGUUGCGCCCACAAAGGUUUUUUGAUUUUGCCUUUUCAUAAUUCCUUCAUUCGCUUUCACCCCGGGUCAGAAUAAAGGUAUGAUCUGUCCAUUUGAGUUAACCUGCGCCACUUUGGCCGAAACAAAUUUUCUAUUUUACUUUGAACGCACUGAAAAAUCGGUAUUUCUUUUACCGUUCCAUCGUUUCACCCUCAGCUGCGCACAAUG